GCCCCCUCCUGUCGGGAACACCCUGGCUGUGGUCCCCUGUCUUCAGACGGUGCUCGGUGCGCCGACACGCUGACGCUCGGUCCCUGAUCCCCGGCCGCUCGCUCCUCUCCUGCCCGCCGUGCUCCCCCUCCAGCCCGCAGCCUCCAGUGAUCCACGGACAGAAGGGAAACAACAGGGAAGUGAGGGGAAACAGAGGGAGCUGCCAGCCUUAAACAACCACUUCAUCCCCUGCUGAUUGUUGUGACUGGUCUACUUAGUGAAUGUAAACAAAUCAUGCUUCCUGUAAGUGGUCGUCUCUCGUCAGAUUUCCCUAAGAAUCAGAAGAUUGGAAGAGGAGGAAAGACUAGUGCGGCGCUGGGAAGUUCAGGCUAUGCCGGCACUCAAAGAACAAGAACAACCCGACCGUUAGCAGAACAGAACGUGGAGCCCUUUGUAUCAGGAUGUAGUUCUUUCUGACUCCCUUCAUGUAACAUCGCUGCUGGCUGUUGUGACUGCCUGCGUCUAACUGAGAGAUCAAUGGAGCAGGCUGAGAAGGAUCUGAACCUCUCCUUUCUGCUGGAACAUGAAAGAGACAUGAUCCUGAAGGUGCUGCAGAAAGACGAGAAACUGAGGAAACGAGAGGAGAAGAGGAUACGGAAGCUGAAGAAUGAGCUGCUGGAGAUCAAACGAAAGGGAGCCCGUCGGCCCCAGGAUCUGGGGGAGCGACAGUGCGCUCGCUGCCUGAAGUCGCUGGGCCUGAUUUUCGACCGUGGGGAUCUCUGCAAGGAGUGUCAGCUGCGGGUGUGCAACAACUGUCGGGUUACGAUCCACAAGGAACGCCAGUGGAGGUGUAACGUGUGUGCCAAGAUCACGGAGCUGAAGGUGGUGACAGGCGAGUGGUUCCUGGAGGAACGGUCCAAGCGCUUUGAGCAGGUAGCGCUGAGCACCGACGUGAUCAAACAGACGAUCCUGAGCAGCCCCAUCAUUAAAGAUGAAAAGCCUCCAGAGAACGUACCGGCCCCUUUCGAGGCCGAGCGAUCCCCCACGCCAAGAUCCAAGAGGAGUGCGAUACGCAGCGCUAUGGACGGUGUCAGGAGGAAAGAAAGGAUGAAUAAAAAAGGCAACCGACUUACCUUGAAGCCACACAACGGAGUCGACAGUGCCAGCGUCAGAUCUGGUUCGGACGGAGACGCUCAGAGUUUGCGAAGUGUUCGCUCUGCUCCGAGUCCUCGUUCAAACAGGGGCGGGGUUGUUGCCGUGGAGUCCUCAGGGAUGCCCACAGUCCUUAACAACAUGCGAUCCCAAACUCCGGACAGAUUGUCCUCUGCCAGCGACAACCGGAGGGUCAGGCCUGACGGAGCGGAGAGCGUUGCCAGUUUACACUCCAGCGACAGUGCGCCCGAGAAGAGAGGUGUCGGCCAUCACAGGACGAACUCUGGCACCCCGACUAUUUCUGUGUCCAGGGCCUCAGUCUCCUCAGAUCACAGUCGCUCAGAGAUGGACCUAUCAGUUCCCGGUUCUGAACCCAGCAGUGACGAAGCCCUGAGCCUCAGAAGCCGCUCGGUCCCCGGGCUCAACGAAAAAGAGUUUUCCGAUGAUGAUGCGGAGGAAGACAUCGAUGUCCUGAUGUCGGCCCACAGCCAGACAGCCCGGCGACGCCUCAGCAACGCAGUGUCAACGUCUUCCACUCCUGGCUCAGAGAGAAGGUGGGGGUACCUGAAUAUCCCCGACUCAGAUGCUGAGACUAGUAGUAUAAACAGCAUGAUGAGCAUGUACAGCGAGACUGGUGACUAUGGCAACGCCAGGGUGAGCGGCGAGAUCCUGCUGAACAUCAGCUACAGCUACAAGACCGGUGCGCUCAACAUCCUGGUCAAAGAGUGUCACAAUCUGGCCACGGGAGACGAGAGGAAGCAGCGCACGGACGCAUAUGUGAAGACUUACCUGCUGCCGGACAUGUCACGACAGAGCAAGAGGAAGACGAGCAUCAAGGCCAACAACAUCAACCCUGUUUUCAAUGAGAAUCUGAGGUACGUGAUCAGCCACUCGCAGCUGGAGACUCGAACCCUGCAGGCGUCCGUGUGGCACCACGACCGCUUCGGACACAACAGCUUCCUCGGAGAAGUGGAGCUGUCGUUGGACACCUGCGAGUUCGAUUCCCAGAUUGAGGAGUGGUACGCUCUGCAGCCAAAGAUGGAGAGCGGUGUCGACUCUACCAUGCAGUAUAAAGGAGAACUGACAGUCGUGUUGAAGUAUAUACCUGCAGAGAAGAACCUCACGCUGCCUCUGGACCAAGUGCAAGUGAAGAAAGGGUUCCUGAAAGGCAAGAAGACGAGCAGCUUCACCCUCCCUCAAGGGGGCAUGGUUGAGCUGCUCGUCAAAGGAGCCAAAAAUCUAACGGCUGUGAAGUCUGGAGGAACGUCUGAUCCGUUUGUAAAAGGGUACCUGCUUCCAGACAGCAACAAGUCGACCAAGCACAAGACGGCGGUGGAGCGACGCACAGUGCACCCGCAGUGGAACCACACCUUCACCUACUGCGGCCUGCAGACAGGGGACCUCGACAACGUCUGCCUGGAGCUCACCGUGUGGGACAAAGAGGCUCUGGCCAGCAACAUCUUCCUGGGAGGAGUCAGGCUGGGAGCCGGCACAGGGAAAAGCUAUGGGAGCGAGGUAGACUGGAUGGACUCCUGCGGGGAGGAACAGCGGGUGUGGCAACGCAUGACUGACAACCCAGAGGUCCCUCAGGAGUGCACACUGAUGCUGCGAUCCAGCAUGCGCAAACGUGAGACAUGAGCCGGACCAAAGCCCAGAGGAUGAAGGAUAAAGAAGGAGGGAGAGGAGGAAGAGAAAAAGAAGAGGUUUGAGCGGUGGAGACGGGUCCCGACCUUUUCUCCACCCUGAGAUGUUCAGAUCCAGAACAGCCAGUCAUGCCUUACACACUCAUCUACAUGUGUCCCUCAGCAUCUAGUCUUGACCAAACACUGCUGUUCACCGCUGAAUAUAAAAAAAAAAACCAUGUAUGUAACUUACUAUAGCUACAGAAUAAGCACACGGUGUGACUCCUGAUGCGUCUGUCCUCGUCUCUGUGAUACAUUUACUCGAGUCAUUUCCUCGUGUAGUAACGGCUGAAGUAGACCACAGUCGACAAUGCACCAACCAAUCAUGUAGAAUCGUAGACGUUCCCUUUACAACGAAGCUGCAUCCUGGUCUGAAGCACACAAUGAUGCCUCAUUAACAGCUGUGUUCAGGGGUGGAAAGUGACUGGUGUUAGUGCGACUGUGCCAUCAUCCUCCAUUUAAUUAUAACUGAAGCAGAAUGAUGAUCAACUGAGAACACUUGAAGACUCCUCAGAGUACGUACACACUGUGUGGUCACUGCCAUGCUUCUGUUUUAGAUGUAUGAGGGAUCCAAAUAGAGAAACCCUCUAUAAACCUUUGGCUUUGCAGAGGGUAGCACUGUAGCCUGGUUCCUGGUUUGAGUCCCUGUUGUGUGGGGGGUUUUCUCCCAGAGUCCAUGUCAAUUGUUGAUUGAAGACUCUAAAGCUUAUGUUGGCCUUGCGAUACACUGACGACUUGUCCAGAGUGUACCCCCUCGCCAAAUAUCAGCUGGGAUCCAGCCCCCCCCUUGACCCUCACAGGAUAUGUGUUAUAGAUUCUAUUCAAUUUAAUUCAGUUUUAUUUGUAUAGCCCCAAAUCAUAAGAAGGCACUUUACAUCGUAAGGUCGAGACCAUACAAAUAUAUAGGUAAUGGAUGGAAGUACACCAAAAUUAUACUGGGUUGAAAGUAGAAAUACUUCACUCAAAUACUUUUAAGUUUACUCAAACUCCACCAAUGAGUCAGUUAUGCCUCUGAAUAAUGGUCAAAAUAUUCAUCUUUUUUAAUCAUAAUUUUUAAUUCGUAAUUUUAUAGAUUUUUGACAUUUGUGUUCAGUUUUGUCAUAUUUCACUUGUGAAUCCUUGAUUUAAAUAUUUCAAAAAUAAUUGCGGGGUCACACUGACCUUCACCUUUGAUCUUUGACCACCAAAUCACUAUCCGUUCAUCUUUUAGUCCGAGUGGAUGUUUGUGUCAAAUUUGAUAGAAAUUCCCUCCUGAGAUAUUGUGUUUCGGACGUACAUCAAAAUAAAAAUUAGAACAUUAUACCUGAUUAGCAUCCCCAUGCUAGCACCGUCACAGUAACAGGAGUACUCCCACUCAGUUCAUUUCCACCACUGACUGUCUGGUAAAAAAUAAUCUGUGGCACAAAGUCUGGAUGGUUCCAUGAUUUAGACUAGAUUCAAUGUAAAUGAACAUGACACUGUAUCAGUGUGAUAAUAGAUAUGCAUGGUACUGUAUUAGACAAGAACAAAAGGAGGUUAUUAAAAGCACUGAUAAUGACAUCACUUUACACUCAGAAGAGGACGUGUGAUUUGCGGUGCGUUCCCAGGAACCCUGAGGCCGCCGCUGUGUGAUAGUGAGUCAGCAUUGAGCAAGGCUGCGUUCGUCUCAGGGGGAGCCCGAUAACGUGUCAGUGGCAGACACCUUGUCCCUGUCACCCGCGGCUUCGCGGCUCCGUGGCUCCGCGGCCCACCAUCCUGUGACGAAUCACGCAGUUCACCAAAAGAUGAAUAAAAAGGAUCCUCCAGUUUUAAACCCUGCUCGUCCAUUUUUCAUAUUGGUUUGCCAGUUUCUGAACGCUCGUCCUUGGCAAAACCGAACUCGCAGAGCAAAAUAGUUUCACACUCCACACUUAAAGUAAUAACUCAUGGUGUUCACUGUACAAUGUAUUUUAGAUGAGAGGCUCGUGCAAUACCCGAUUAACUGAAGAAGCUCUUGAUGUACAUCAUGUGGUGUCUCUGCUCCAAACAUCAGAUUCACUCCAUUCAAGCCUUUUUGUCCAAAAUAUGUUACGGGAAUAUUUUGAAAUAAACACAUCUUUCCAUAGA